UCCAUUUACACAGCUGAUCACCAAAUCCAAAAACCCAAUAACGAUAUAUACAAAGUUACAAAUAUUUAUGGAAGCGUUCUAAAGAAAACAUCCUUCAUCGCCGAAGCUUUCGAUUUGACUUGGAGUCAUCCAAACUCUCCCACAUAGCUCAAAUACCCCAAAGAUCCUAAACCGUAAUAUAUGCCAAAUUAGAUGUCUAUGAAGAUGGAAUCUGAUGUUUCCAUCCAAUUCAACUAAAACCCUGGUUUCAUUGUGCAUUUGUUUGAAGAAAAAUUGAGGAAUUCAACAGUAUAGGAUCAUAACCUUGGUGGGUUUGGGGAUUCAGAAGAGAUGUUGAAUCUUUGGGUAUUCUUAUGUACUUUAAGUUGUUUAAUGGUUUCUAGGGUUUUCGCUAAUGUUGUUUUGAGGGGGAAUGGUGUCACCUUGUCGUUCACCGAUAUUGCAGCGAACUUCGCACGGCCUGUGAAUGGGUCCGGGGAACAUGGAACGUUGUUUCUGGCAUCGCCACUAGAUGCUUGCUCACCCUUGAUCAAUAGUGCAAUUGAAGACGAUAUAAUUUCCCCAUAUGUGUUAAUAAUUAGAGGAGGAUGCCCAUUUAAGGAUAAAGUUCGAAGGGCACAGGAUGCAGGAUUCAAGGCCGCAAUUAUUUACAACAACGAUGACAGUUUUUUGGUUGCCAUGGCAGGGAAUCCAGGUGGUAUACAUAUACAUGCUGUAUUUGUUUCAAAUGACGCAGGCUGCAAACUCCAGGAUUAUGUUGGCAAAACUGAAAUUGAAGUGUGGCUUAUCCAAAACAAUGAGAACUCAAUAUGGUCAAUCAUGGCCAUAUCCUUCAUUUUAUUGCUUGCCAUGUCAGCAGCAUUGGCGAGUUGUUUCUUUGUGCGUAGACGUGACAUACGACAAGAACUCCCCCGUGUUCGAGGAUUCAACGGGAUGAGUAGACGGCUUGUCAAGGCCAUGCCAAGCCUCUUUUUUACGACGGCUUUAGAAGACAACUGCACUUCAGCAACGUGCGCUAUAUGCCUUGAAGACUAUGAUGUCGGUGAUAAGCUUAGAAUUCUUCCAUGCCACCAUAAAUUUCAUACACUUUGUGUCGACGCUUGGCUGACAUCCUGCAGGACGUUUUGCCCUGUUUGCAAGCGUGAUGCCAAUACCACCAUCAGUGAUCCACCAGCCACAGAACGGACACCGUUACUAUCUUCAUCAUCUUUAUCGUCAUCAUCCCACGUGGCAUCAAGACCAAUGGUAAUAGGCCACUUGUCACCUUCAUCAUCAAACACCCCUAGCAGUCAGCAAUCUUUCCAUGAAUCCCUUAAUCCAAGAUCAAGCCUAAGUUCAUCAGCCACAAUCAGCAAUCCCUUUAUCAUUCCUUCUUCAUUGCCUCUUAACUCCGUAUACAUGCCUUUUUACGCAAGUCCCAGGAAAGUUUCAUCAAGCUACAGCCGGUCUUCGAUUCAGCAGUCAUGUUCUCCAUGCCACAGUGAGUCUAUGGCUAGCUCUUCAUGGUCUGAGUCAACUCAGUCACUCCCAGAAUGUUGAUCAUAAAUUGAAGUAAAAAACUAAAUCUGCUAACAGUUGCAUUUGAUGCUCGCUUAGUUUAUAUUUUGAUAAUUUUAAGUUUGGUGCUUGUUUUAGUAGUUGUGAAUGUUUGUGUGUUUAUGGAGGUAAAUAACUGCUUGGGGGUUUUGGUGAAUUUAAAGCAUAGAGUAUCUAAUGAUGUUCUUUCAA